AUGGUGCAGCAAUUGACAGACUUGGAGGAUGGAUUCAUUGGGGGCACGACAACUCAAGACUUGACUGAUACGGCCACUAUCCUACACCUUCGAGACACUAUCAAACUCAUCGAAAAGGUUCUUAAUGGCAUUAUAGCAGCUUUGGUAAAACUAUGCCAGAAGCACCCGCACCGCUCGACUCCCAUGGCCGCACGUUCCAACCUCCAACAAGCCGUCUACUCACAAGAACACCGCUCACUGAGUGGAGGCAUCGACGGCCAGUGGUUGAAGUCGGGUCCACUGUUAUGUGGUUAG